AUGGCUGAGCCCUCCAUCCUUCAUGGUGCACCUGCAACAAUUUUUAAGUGGGAUGAGUAUUCCAAUACAAAGUUGAGAUCUUGUGCUCGGGCGGGGUACCGUGGGUUGUUUGCUACAGCGUGGGGCGGAUGGAGCCAAGAUAUUGGCGCCUCGCCAGACGCUGCGACCGAGGAAGCCGUCAUGGACUGGUUUGUCGAAGAAGUGGCGGACUACGAGCCGAACAACCUCGACGCAAGGAAAACGACUCCUGCCGUACAGGUAUACUAAGACCUCUGAGCGCCCUAUUGCCGUCGAAGCCUUUGUGUUGCCAGUCCUGCUUGACGAAUAAUGAUGACAUGGACAGCAGCCAUCUUGCACGCCGUAUUUUCGCCAGCUACCAGAUCCCCACCGCUCUUUCUUUUCGCCGCCGUCCUUUCCAGGCUGGGAGGAAGCUUGGGAAAAGGCAUCUCCAGACUCUUCUAAAGGCAGUUGGGCGGGAUUGCCUCCGCGGCACAAACACUCUUGACGAGAAGGUAAAGUACAAAUUUGGUUGGACGCCGGGAAGAACGGGAACACGAUGUGAGAUAGAAUGGGUAACUAUCUUGCCCCUAGACAUAACAACCAAAAUAUCCUUCCGCUCGAACCCGAAAUCGCACAUAUCUAGCCUGAAACGGCACUCAACCACAAGCUGGGCCAGCCAAGUUGCAUGCAAAAUGGUUGAUAACGAUUUACACCACGAUUUCUACGAAGUAGAACCUGAG